CAAGGACCUUCUCGCCUUUGGUAUUGUCAACGCUGCGGAAGCUGUCAGUCACCAUGACCUCGUCCUCCUCUGCCCUCAAAUCGACUUCCUCCAGCGGCAACAGCUCCUCCUUUCUUACACUCAUAUUGGACCUCAACCCUGCUUCGUGGGGAUUCGCAUCUACCUCGUCUGCGACUGCCUCAGCGCCCUCGUCCUCAUCCUCAUUCUCGCCCAUCUCCUCGCUUCUCCCUGUGCUCCUCGUAUUUCUCAACUCCCACUUGGCUCUAUCGCAUACCAACGGACUCGCAGUUUACGCCGCGUCCACUCAUGGCGUAGCCAGACUACUCUACUCCACUUCUUCGCACUCGCACACCUCGACACUCGUGGCACAGCGCGGGGCCAGGAGGAGCAGGGGAGCCGAUGAGGCUAGCACCUAUCAGCACUUUGGCAACGUGAGCAAAGCCGUCAUUGCUGGUGUGACGGCGACGAUUGAGGAGAUCAAGGCGAAGACUAGCUUGGAUCUCGACGAUGAGGAGGAGGAAGAGGAGGAGACGGCGCUGGUGAAAGUGCUGGGGAUGGCUCUCAGUCAUAUGAACCGUCUAGCACCUUCGCAGCCAGCAUCAGCCUCUUCCAACUCCAGCUCCAAUCCUUUGCCGCCCUCGCGCUCUACCGAGCUCUCCUCAUCCUCCAACGCCGUUGGCUCUUCUUUGACGACGUCCAGCAUGAACUCGCGCAUCCUAAUCCUCUCCCUUACACCCUCAGCCUCCAACGCGUACAUCGGCUUGAUGAACUGCAUCUUUGCAGCACAACGACGCGAGAUCCCGAUCGAUGUGCUGAAGAUUGCUAGGGACGAUACAGUCUUUCUGCAGCAAGCAGCUAAUCUCACCGGAGGAAUCUAUUUCAGGCUAGCCAGCCCUAUCAGAGAGGGUGACGCUGCAGCUUCCAACGAGGAAGGUCCUCAUCCACAGCAGCUCCUCCAGUUGCUUCUGUCGACGUUUCUCCCACCUCCGAAUCUAAGGAGACUGCUCCAUCUACCCACACUCGACGAGGUCGACUUUAGAGCGAGCUGCUUCUGCCACGGAGAAAUUGUAGACGUAGGAUACGUCUGUGGAGUCUGUCUCUCUAUCUUCUGCCGACCACCCUCAAAAUGCUUCAUUUGCAAUUCUGACUUCCCCAAAAACACGCUCAAGAGAUUCGAACAGGACUUGACUGCUCCCAGUGGGAACAGCUGAGGAAGCGCCGGAGGAAGACAGAGAGGUUGAAAGGAUGAAGGGAGCAGACUGCAUGGGUGCGGUGUAGCAGUCUUUUCUUUGUAAUCAUAUGUACUAUAGCAAAAUACAAUAUUUCCCAUGUA